GCAAGGGAGGAAGAAAGGAGCAAGUAUAGGAAGCAGGCAAGCAAUGGGCCUCCUCCCGAGUAGUAAUAAGCUGCAGGCUAUCAUCUCCAUUUUGUUCCUCCCACCAGUACUGCUAGUCCCUUGCUCGUACUCGAAAUCAUGUCCGGACUCCGAUGAGCCUCCUCCUUCGCUGGGCAAAUUCAACUACGACUCCACCCUGGAUACCAAGUCCCAGUGCACGAUAGCCAAUGAUUCAGGUCUGUUCGCUAACAUUAGCUGGCAGGAGCUCGCCGACAUGUCCGACGCCGGCGCCGGCGAGCGGCCGUCGAUGUACGUGAUCCCAGGUUCAACGUCGUCGGUGCGACUGAUCACCUACAACGAGGAGGCCUGUGUCCUGGGGGCGUCCUUCAACGUCUCCUUCACGAUGAGCCUGUAUCCGCCGUCGUGGAACGAGACGACGGCGGGGCAGAGCAACACCAGCAGCAUCAGGGGCGUAGCCUUCCUCGCCAUGCCGGACAUCGUCAACGUGUUUCGUGCCAACGAGACCCUGACAAAGCUGCUGGCGCUCGGUGCGCGCGGAUCGCUCAUCCUCUCGAACCCCAGGAGCUGGACAGCCCCGAUCGCCGGCGCCGGAAGCGUUUCCGGGGACCUCGGGUGGCUGCCAUCUGACGCAUCGCUCCCGCUGGAUGACCCUCCAAGUCGCCAUCUGGUGAUCCGUAUUACCGGCAUCCGGCAGCCAGCGGAGGAGCGGUACACCGUCUGGAUCGAGUAUGACGGCCGGAGGCGGAUCUUGGCAGUCUACAUCGGCGCCGGCGGUAAAAGCAAGGGCAGGCCGGAAAAGGCUGUAGUCACCUUGGACCAGGUGAGGUACAGGGACCCGGUGCACAGGACGGCCUGCUUCGGCUUGUUCUCCUCGCUGGGGCAACUGAAGCAAGUCCACACCUGGAGCACGGAGGGCGACGAGUUGCCCGAUUCUGAGUACUUCAUCCUUGAGAACAUAGCGCGGCUUAAGAGAGCCCGGAGACAGAGACUACGCAUGACUGUGGGUUCAGUCGCCGGGUCGGUGUCAGCCACCGCGGCCGUGGCCGUCGCCGCCGCAUUCUACUUCCGGUCCAAGCAGCGGAGGUGGAAGAAGGAGCAGGAGAAGCUCACAAGGAUCAUGCAGCGCCUCCCUGGGGUGCCUACCCAGGUGGAUUUCACCGACAUCAGGAAGGCCACCGCCGGCUUCCACGAGACCACGAGGCUGGGGACUGGCGGCUUCAGCUCCGUCUACAGGUGCCGCCUCCCUGCUGCUUCGACUUCUUCCAGUUCCACGGCGGAGGUCGCCGUCAAGAAGUUCACACGGGGAGUCCACGAGGAGCGCUACGAGGACUUCCUCGCCGAGGUCAGCAUCAUCAACCGCCUCCGCCACAAGAACGUCGUCCCGCUCGUCGGGUGGUCUUACCACAAAGGAGAGCCCUUGCUUAUCUAUGAGUACAUGAAGAAUGGUAGCUUGGAUCAACAUCUCUUUCGGAGAGGCGGCGAUGGCGAGCAGCGGCAUCAGCAAGAAGAAACAUCUAUCCGGCAGUGGCACACCCGCUACAGCAUCGUGAGGGACAUAGCCACGGGCCUGCACUACGUCCAUCACGAGCACGAGCCAAUGGUGUUGCACCGUGACAUCAAAGCAAGCAACAUCAUGCUCGACUCCAACUUCCACGCCCGUGUCGGCGACUUCGGCAUCGCCUGCACGGUGGCUGCAGACCGGAGCUCGGCCACCGGCAUGGUUGGCACCUGGGGUUACAUAGCGCCGGAUUACGCGAUGAGCCAUAGGGCCACGCGCCAGACUGACAUCUACGCAUUUGGGGUGCUCGUCCUUGAGAUUGUUACGGGCAAGAAGAACAUGGAUGUGCCAACGGAAGACGGCCACAUCUCCGGCUGGGUCUGGCGUCUUCAUGGGGAGGGGCAGCUGCUCGAGGCUGUGGAUGGCGUGGUGCUAACCCAAAGCCGUAUGAAUCCUGAAGAAAUCGCCGGUCAGGCUAAACGUCUACUGCUCCUGGGGUUGGCGUGCACCAACCCCAACCCGUCGAGUCGCCCGAGCAUGGCGGAGGCGGUGCAGGUCAUCACCAAGUUGGCGCCACCGCCGGAGGUGCCACUUGAAAGGCCAAAGUUUGUGUGGCCGCCGGAACCGGAAGAAUGGCGUUCACUCGACGACUCUGACAAUAGCACAACAGUGAUGAGUAAUUUUGGGGCAUCCUUUGCCAGCACGGUCGAUAUCAGCACUCCACGAGCCGAGGCAUUCCAAGGUAGCUGCGCCAUUCGUGCGGAGGGACGACAGCAACUCCCUCACGAAUCACCCUGAUCCAAUCCGUGGGGAGGUAUGGAGAGACUUCUGUUAAAGAUUGUGGGGGCUGGCAACCUAGAUCAGAGGUGAAGUUCUCGCUUCACUGCACCUACAAACAUGGCCCCUGCUGUAGCGCUCGAGAUGCUUUAAUGGACUGGGAGAAAAUUGUUGCGACUGCUGGUUUUGUUAUUAGUUUCUGAAGUUUAUGUGUGCAAUUGGUACUUCAGAAGCGUGAACUGGUGUGUGUUGCUAAAAAACAAUGAUAUGCUACGGUACACCCAAAUGAAUGUGGACCAUUGAUCUAA